AAGAAUCACAAGGAACACGCAGAGAUUAAAGUUCUAAAUAAUCCAAAUGGGGACUCUCAGAAGAAAUGUUGGUGGGAUGCUGGACCUUGCGAAAUCAUUGAUCGUUUUUCCUUUUGUGGCGGGAAAUCACCCUUCAGGACAACUAUCAGACUGGCUCAAGACGGACCUCAACGGACGGAAGCAUCUCUACCAUCGUCCUCGCAGCGUUUCUGAUCGGGGUCGUUUUUGUGUCUAUUUCCAUAACAACAGCACAAUACAGCAUACAUCAGGACCCGGAUAAUGCUAUCCGAUACGUCCUCAUUACGUUUGUCUUGGGAGGAAUCAUAGGAUUGUUAGUUCUUACGUUUGCAAUCAGGAAACAGGGAAAUGAGAGUACAUUGCCCAUAGAACAUAAUAAAAUUUGCGCAAGGGGACUGAAAUUGAAAUUUUUGAUGUUAUUUUGUUUGGGUGUUUUUACAAUGGCUAUAUUUAGUAUCAUUUUACGGGUCGAGCGUAUUGUCUUAGGAUUUCACAUCGAACGCUCCAUAGUUAGCAUAAUUUGGAAUGUUUUAUUAAUCGUAUUUGCCAGUGGACAGAUAUUCUUUAUUUCCCUAUUCUACAAACUGCCUAGCAUUGUUGGGAACAUGCGCAUAUAUUACGGAAUAAACUUUGUAAUUUUAUCAAACGUUUGUCUUUGGUUUAAUUCUAUUGUUGCUGAAGAAGUGCACUUAUUUCACAUUAGAAUUGGCAAUACUAGCAACGAAAAUAAUGAAAUGGAAACUUUUAAUUGCACGGGUGCUACACAGGUCAGGUGUGUGUUUGAGAAUGUAUUUCCCUAUUUGUUACCUAUCACAGCUCAAUAUUCUCUCGUAUCAAUCAGCUUUGUACUAAAUAUACUUUCGAAGACAAAGCAGAGAAAAUCCAUUACCAUGCAACCCAGUCAUUUAAUAAACGAAUAUUGUCCUCUUUUGGAAUGUGACGAAUUAGCUAAACUGGAAGCUACGACUAAAAUGAGAUUGUGCAUGUGGUACAUUUGCGUUGUGAUUGGUGUAACUUUAGUCUCUGUGCUCUUGAUUCUGGUAGCAGUUCUCAUGGCGCAACCUUGUAAUGAAGAAAAAGUCUUUAGAGCACUAGAGAAAUAUCGUCUGUUUUAUAAAGCCAUGCUUCUGUUACUUGCAUCUAUCUGUUUUCGCAUGUUAUGGAGUCAAAGUGUACCAACAUCAACAACCACGAGUUUUUCAAGUGAAGAAGUUAUUCUGGUUUUCAGUUCUACGGCAAAGACAAUGUAUUUGCUGUUUAAAAUUCAUGCUAUAGUAAAUCAUGAAAAAAUUGUCUAUGUUAUUACCAUGGUUGAAGACAUAGUGAGCCUGCUAAUUGUGUAUUAUCAAACAGUCUUCGUUCUACAAAGUCGUCGGUAUCAAAAUUUCAAAAGGGAAAGACAUUUCAGAAUCAGUCAUGUUAUUUUGCUUAUGUUCAUAAUGAAUCUCGGUCUAUGGUUUAAUGACGGUUUUCUUCAGAAACAUGUGCCCUAUGUCAUGAAAGAAAAUAAUCGGAUCUUUGAUCGGAGAGCUUUGGAUGUCAUGAACGGGACAUUGUUUCCUAUAUCCGAGUUUUAUAUGUUUCAAUUGUCCUUAGCUUUCUUUGAUGUUUAUUGUCGAUUUCGAACAUAGUCCCUCUCCUCUGUCCUUCUUGCUAAAU